UACAAUUCUCGUCUGUCUUCAAAAGAGUCGAAGCAAACCGUAGGAAAGGAAAGGGAAGACGAUGGUUGAUCCAAAUCAAAUUCCUGCUAAACCUACACCGAUUAGCGAUGAAGUCAAAUGUUUGAAAAUUAUUGGUGUUAACAGGUCCACUGAUAAACGGUAAACGAGUUCAAUUCGGUUCUGCAAAGGUACAACAUAGGUUUCGUGCAAGAAUUACUCAAGAUUAUCGGUGAUGAAGAUGAAGUCAUAACCUCCAUUCACACUACCUCAAGAGCCGAAAUCAGGAUUCUAGAACAUGCCCCAGCCAAGAAAGAUGGUCAGUUAUAUAUCCAAAUUCUGGGUAGUGAUCUCCAAGUCCAAAUUGCUGAAUUCCUCAUUAAGGAAGCAAUCAAAGAGGGAUAUACAGAGCCAUUAAUCCCUACACCUUUAAUGCCAACACCUAUUUUUAAACUUGUCAUAAACAUUGAGUUAGACCAAGUUGAACCUUUCAUGGGCAUCAAUAUUUGAAGAUGGAAUCAGAAUCCAAGACAUGGAUAGAGGUGGAUACAUUGGAUAGAAAGGUCAAGGUAUAUGGUCAAAAGGAGGAUAUUUUUAAGGCCAAGUUGAUGAUUAAUGAUCAGCUUGGUCAGGUGAAUAAGGAACUUAAAGUGAGAAGUAAUGGGGCUGCUAAAGAAGUUGGAGAACAGUUGGGGAAGAUGGAUAUUGAUUCUGGAAUUGAAGAAGUGUCAAGUGUCAUGAUUUGUAGAACAACCGGAAAGAAGUUCUCUCUACUGAAUCUUGAAUCUGGGCAACUUCAGCUUCCCCAACCUCUUCUGACUCAUCCUAAUCGGUAAAGAUUUCAUGCUUAGUUAACAGCCGUCUUUCAGCUAUGAACAAUAAGGUGAAUUGCAAUCUCUAGUAAUGGCUCGCAUCGGAAACUAUGUUUGGUCCAAAAACAAUUUGCCAAAAGUUGUGUUCUUACCUAACAUAUGUAGGUGAUGUGUUUGAGUUGUAUAAUUACCUUCAUUAUUAUGUAGAGUAAAUUAAAUGAGGGUUGAA